CGCCCCACCACCGCCUUUGCGUCAACCAUCCUCACACAGUCAGUGACACAACACAACAUCAGCCCUCGCAGCAUCCGCAUCUCACGGCCAAGAGGACCAGGAGCAAGCACAUCUUCAUCCAAGCAUCCAUUCCACAACUGCCUGCCGUCGUCUGCGCACCGCCGACAGCAGGCGCGUGUUUAUGCGCUGCUUGAUACACAACUAUAUAUUUUUAAACUCAGCUCGGAUUACGUUCUUUGUUGCAUUCAUAUCCUGCGAGAUGGUUUCGUGUUUUUAUCACGCCUCAUAGGGAAGAAGAGACUCGAUACGCGGAGCAUCACCUCGAUAUCGCAGUUAUUUCCACACUGAGCUGGAGAUUUGCAGCAGUGGCCAUCCUGAGACGCCGACAGGGAGCUGAAAUAGAACAGUCAAGGUGGUUCUAAUCCCCUCAGAGAGCUCGUUACAGGACAAUCCCCUCCAGCGCUUUAGCUGCCCAGCAGCAGCCUGUAGCCUGGGAUUCUCAGCUCCCAGAAACAUCCAGGCUUUGAGACCCUCAGGAUCCCCCCCACCCCACCCCUUCCAAACCUCUUCUGAACCAGUGCGGGUAAAGCCCCUGGAAGCCUCCCUGCAGUCACCAUGGGAACCGUGCUAUCUUUGUCACCUAGCUACAGAAAGUCGGCUCUGUUUGAAGAUGGACCAGCCACCGUGGGCCACUACACAGCUGUCCAGAACAGCAAGAACGCCAAAGACAAGAACCUGAAGCGCCACUCGCUCAUCAACGUGCUCCCCUGGAAGCGGAUCGUAGCGGUGUCAGCAAAGAAGAAAGGCUCCAAGAAGGUGCAGCCCAACGGCACUUACCAGAACAAUGUUACCCACCUGAACAACGAGAACCUGAAGAAGUCGCAGUCAUGCGCCAACCUGUCCACCUUCACCCAGGAUCAGAGCACUCCAGCUCUUACCAAGAACUCCAACACAACAACAUCGUCUGUCAAGAAGGCCCCCCUGACAAACUCCAAUGUGGCCCCUGGCACCCCUAAGAGAGUGAUCGUCCAGGCCUCCACCAGUGAGCUGCUGCGCUGCCUUGGGGACUUUCUGUGCCGACGUUGUUACCGGCUGAAGCACCUGUCACCCACUGACCCAGUGCUGUGGCUGCGCAGUGUUGACCGCUCCCUGCUGCUCCAGGGUUGGCAGGACCAGGGAUUCAUCACCCCUGCCAAUGUGGUCUUUGUCUACAUGCUGUGCCGCGAUGUGGUCUCCUCUGAAGUGGCCACGGAGCACGAGCUGCAAGCCGUGCUGCUCACCUGCCUCUACCUGUCUUACUCCUACAUGGGCAACGAAAUCUCUUACCCGCUCAAGCCCUUCUUGGUUGAGAGCUCCAAGGAGACCUUCUGGGACCGCUGCCUGUCCAUUAUCAACCUGAUGAGCGCCAAGAUGCUGCAGAUCAACUCCGACCCGCACUACUUCACUCAAGUGUUCGCCGACCUGAAGAACGAGAGCCAGAAGGAGGAGGAGAGGAGCCGCCUGCUCAUCGGCCUGGACCGGAGGGUGAGGGCCAUCGCCUGACUGGCUUUCUUCACGGAUGAGCAGGCACCCCCGGCUGCAAACCCUGCCUCUCUGGAAUGCCAACACCCACGUCCUCUCCAUUAAAACAGAUACGACUGGACAUUUUUGUAUGCAUAUCUGGCCAUCUAAGGAAAGGACAGCGGGGGCCAUCAGUGCUGGAUCCAUAUUUUCGUGGGUUUCUGUUUACGGCUCUGCAGCGACCUGAUUGACAAUAAGCACUGCAUUGUGGAACUUUUGAUAAAAAAAAAAGAAAAAAAAAAGACAACAGCCAGUGGACAUGUGGCCAGUCACAAGUGGUCAUGUUGUGUGUGUUCAGAAAGACCUACUUUAUUUUCAUCUAGAAAAAAAUAAAACGAGUUAAUGGAUGUUUUACUCCGAGGCUUGCACCUGUGGAGGCUUAUUUAUUGCUUUUCUGGAACAAGUUUUCUUUGAUUUUUUUUCUCCUUUUUUCUUUUUUUACUUAGAAAAAUGUAACGUUUUUGCAUGUGUGCCAUGCAAUUUUACAGUCUCCAGGAGGGCAGGAGCAGUUCUUCUUUUUACUUGAUUUGUAAACCAACUGCAUCUGCGUUAGAGAAUGCUGUGAACAAAGUGACACUAGUUUAUUUAGCUAUGCUUGCUAAAAUAGGCUAUUUGUUUACCAGGGAAAUUCUUUUUUGUACUUUUCGUCGUUAUAGGUUGUGUUGCAACCAUUUUGGAAUGAUGUUUGAGUUUUUGUGCUUCUGAUUCAGCAUAGAAAAUGUUAAAACAGUGCCAUAUCUUUGAUGAAAAUCCCACAAGACUGAGAAAAUUCUGUGCUGGUUGACCAGCUGUUGAAUGAAGGGUGGAUUUUCAUCACACACUAAUAUAAGGAAACCUAAUUUAUUGCCACUUAUGUAUUAUUUAGGCACAUUUAAUGUAAAUGAGAGACUGCGAUGAGAGACUUUAAGGGAAGGACACGAAGAAAAGGUGAAGGGGGCUUGGUGGUUAAAGCUGGUGUGCUUAUCUUUGGUGGGAAUGAAGAUUGAUCUGGUUUAUGCUAAUGAAUGUUGCAGGGAUUUAUCAGUGGAUAUCUAAUUUAAAAAAAAGCCGUUAGAUCAAAACCAUGCUUAAAUCUGACCAUCACCAAGGUGGCAUCCCAAAGGACACCUUGACUCACGCUGAGCUGUUAGUUAUGAGAAUCACCCCGAGAAUAUCUUUUGUCCUGAGAGACUGACUUGAAUCGGGAGCUAUCCCAACCUGCUGUCCCCCACAUAUCAGUAACAGAAAGCACAAACCAUUUUUACAGUGGAAUAAAUCAAUUAAACCGCAAUGACUCCUGCAUCUCGACUGCAGAAAAGCACAGCUCACCCUUUAGGAUAAUCCAUCAGCAUCGCCUCUGAUGAGAGAGAUGAGGCAAGCUGCAGAAGACUAAUCACAGUUUUAAUCAGAAGUUACAAAGACAUGGAAUAACCAAACAGAAAGCAUGCAGAAUACUUGAGAUAUUCCUCAUUCUUUAACCUAAUGACUUCAAUUACUAGAUGAGCUACAGUAUUUGGUUUUAUAAGCUUCACGUUUGGUGUCUUAAGAGAAAUUGUGUGAACUUCUUUAGCUUGCAGUAUUCUGAAAAUCUGUCUAAAAAGCUGGCAGUGCCAACAGAAAGCUCUGAUCAGAAAGAUCUGCCCCUCCUCCCCCAUCCUCUCUCUCUCUCUCUCAUCACCGCUGUGUUUGUGCGAAUCAGAGAAAAUGAGGAGCUCAGGCAGUCACGACCUGUGGCUUUUUCUGCUGUGGAUGUGGAGUCACACGCUGGCUGAGAAGACGGUUCAUUUAGAGGGAUUUGCUCUGGCACAAUAGAGGGACACGAACUUUGGACGGGCUUCUGCUCUAGCAGAAAAAAGCAGGGCAUUUGGGAUACAGGGCCUCAAAACAGACACCCCUCCCGAAUCUCUUUCUCUUUCUCUCUCUGUCCACAUGCCCACUUGAAAUGUGCCAUGUUUUUUCACUUGCAUCAUUAAGUAGUUGUUUGAAAAAAUACUUUCAAAAGCUUAUAAAAUAUGAAAAAAAACCUCAAGUGAUAGUUAACGAUUUCUGUCAAGUUCUUUUCUGUAUCUCGUUGCGUACUUUGUCGAUAAAAAAAGGUGAUUAAAAUCAAAAAAGUCGAAGGCUGCACGUCUGAGCGAAAUGAAAAAAAAAGUGUGCGUGUGUGUGCGCGCUCUCGUGUGUGUGUGUGAAUGACAGCGUUUUAACUGUACAGAAGAAUGUGUGACAUGUUGUUUUUCUCCAGCCACACUGAUACUAGGACUCGGUUUUUCCCAUGAUGGGCUGAGGAAGGGGCGUUGAUGCUAUUCAGUAAAAAAAAAAACCAAUCUUUUUUUUUUCUGACAAAGACAAAAAAGCUGUUGCUGUAAUUAAAACUUUUUUUUAGUUUGUUUCUGCUUAUUUUAAUUUAUUUUUGUACUGUGAUGGAAAAAAAUAAAAUGCAC